CACACACACACGAAACCGCAGCCAUCGUUUUGACAGCUACAUUGCAAAACUCUGUAGUUUUUAUUAAAAAUGCAGUGAAAAAACGUUAAAUAUUUCUAAAACAAUUGCACAAUGGCUACACAAAAGCCUGGAGAAUGGGCGACAGGUCUGCUAGCAAGAUUCGAAGAUCAGCUGCCAAAUAAAAUCGGAGCCUAUGGAACUCAGGCACGCAUGAGCCAGGACCAAUUGGUGGCAUGCCUCAUUCACAUCUCGCGAUACCGCUUCUCUCUGGUCAUUUCCGGUUUGACCAAGAUGUUGCAGCGCGUCAACGAGGCUGCACUGCAAAAUCGACAUGAACCGGAACGAUGUUACUUCGAAUCCUUGGUCAUAAUAUUGACCACUCUGGAACGUUGUCUGACCAAUCAAACCAAGGAUACGGCACGCUUCGAGGAGGCCAUGAAUGUAAAACUCUUGCUUCGCGAAAUAUCACAAUUUGUGGACGUGCAAAGCGACAACAAUCCAAAUGCAGCCCAAUUGAAAGCGCUUGCCUCGAAGGUGCUCUUUGCUCUGUCUCAGAAUCACUUCUCUGCUGUAUUUAAUCGAAUCUCGGCGCGCAUACAGGAGCUGACAUCAUGCUCAGAGGAGAAUCCCGACUAUAACGACAUUGAGUUAAUACAGCACAUUGAUAUGGACAUGAUCAAGCUAACCAAGUUGCUGCAAGAAACAAUAAAUAAAUUUCGAUCAAAGCGCGCGCCGCCACUUAUAUUACUUUAUUCACUGGAGAAGGCCAUAUGGAACUGGAUUGAAUAUCACCCACAGGAGUUUCAGGACUUGCAGCGUGGAACAAAUCGCGACAUAUCUACUUGCUGGGAACCCCUUCUGGACUUUGUUGAGUACUUCAAAACGGAAAACAAGAAAAACAAAACCUUAGUCUGGCCACUGCAAAUGUUGUUGCUCAUAUUGAAUCCCUCGAGCCUAGAGGCUACCGUUAACGAGCUGCAGCAGUCGGAGAAGGAGAAAGAAAAGGAGAAGGUGCCCUCAAAAUCCACACAAUCUACGUCACGCGACAAAGACAAAGACUUCUCGGCUAGACAAUUCAUUGAGAGUAUUAAACGUGGACUGGGUCCACAUUCUCCAUCAAAACAAGUGACGGAAUCGUCGGCCAUUGCUUGCGUUAAACUUUGCAAAGCGUCUACGUAUAUCAACAUCAAUGAUUCUAAUAAUGUGGUCUUCAAAUUGGUUCAGUAUUUCAUCAAUGAUCUCAAGGCGCUGCUCUUCAAUCCGGUGAAGCCAUUUUCGCGCGGACAAGGCUACAAUUAUGCCGACAUCGAGCUAAUGAUUGACUGCUGGGUAUCCUGUUUUCGCAUCAGUCCGCACAACAUUGAGGCCCUCAAGGUUUGCCUUAAUUUGUCGUCACCGCAGGCCUACCAUUUCGUAAUCGUAUGUUCGCUGCUGCGAUUGGCGCAUAUCUACGUAGACUUUCGGCUUCAAAACAAAAAUCCGUUCCGCAUUGUUAACCAGCCGCGUCUUCCUUGGUGGCCACAGACCGAUGUUGUUCAUUAUCGGUCCGCUGAGCUGCGUGCUCUGUUCACGGAUACGCUCAACAAGGCUACACAGGGCUAUAUAGCUCACACGCCACUCCGUUAUAUAACUUCACUUACGCUCAAGUCUAAGGACACACAGAAGGGUCUAGCCCGCGCCGAGGAAGGACCCGCUCACAAAAUGCUGUUGCUGCUGCUUGUACGGCUUAUACACGCUGAUCCCACUCUGCUAUUGAAUACACAAGGAAAAGUAGCACACGAAGUGCAAAGCUCUACACUGGAGCUUAUUAAUGGCUUAGUCAGUCUGGUGCAUCAAACGACUUUGCCCGAUGUGGCACAGGAGGCAAUGGAAGCGUUGUUAGCUUUGCAUGCGCCUGAAAAAAUAGAAGUUUGGAAUCCAGAGGCGCCAAUCAAUACAUUCUGGGACGUCAGUUCGCAGGUGCUGUUCUCUAUUUCGCAGAAGCUCAUUCAGCAUCAGAUAGCCAACUAUACGGAUGUGCUGAAGUGGCUGCGUGAAAUACUCAUUUGCAGGAAUACAUUCCUGCAGCGACACAAGGAUUAUGCACAUGUUGGCAGCCAAAUUGCCAUAUGCAAACAGGCGCACAUUAAAAUGGAGGUGGUCUUCUUUAUGUACCUAUGGAGUGUCGACUUGGAUGCGGUGCUGACAUCACUCUCGUGCUUUGGCCUGCUCUGUGAGGAGGCUGAGAUCUGUUGCAGCUCCGAUGAACUAACCGUGGGCUUUAUCAUGCCCAAUUAUCACAUCUAUCAGGAACUGGCCCAGCUCUCCUCAUCCGCAACGGACACACGAAUCUGCUUCUUUGAGAACAGUCAUGGUAAUGUGCUCAGUCGCCAAAUUUUACAGAAGCGUAUUAUGACACUGUUGCGUAAGAUAGAACACUGUGUUCACGGAGUCCAGCCAGCCUGGGAGGAAACUUUUCGCAAUUGGGAGGUGUCUAGUAAGGUACUACAGACAUAUCCCAAGCUAAAAUCCGAAGAUGCUCAGGCGGAAAUGUUUCAUCGUGGCAUGGGCAAGCGACGAGCCAGCCAUCAAAGCUCUGAACAUGAUCUAGAAGAACAAAUCAACGAGUGGGCCAAUAUGACCUGGUUUCUUUUAGCACUAGGCGGUGUUUGCCUACAAAAACGAAACAGCAGUCGUCAGAUUUUAUUGCAACAAUCCCAAAACAACUCAUCAGUGGCUUCAUUGGCACAGGCUUCGCUCUACUCCAGCUCAACCAGCUCUGGACAUGGCUCACUGCAUCCCAGCACAGUGUCCUUGUCCACCAUACCACCAGCACCUCCACAAGAUGUCAGCUACUGUCCAGUUACACAAUUCAUUGGCCAGCUGCUAAGGCUAUUAGUCUGCAGCAAUGAGAAGAUCGGCCUCAAUAUACAGAGGAACGUCAAGGAGUUGGUAGGAGAGGAAAUGUCGACACAACUGUAUCCCAUACUCUUUGAUCAGAUCAGGGCCAUAGUGGAAAAGUUCUUUGAUCAACAGGGUCAGGUCAAUGUGAAUGUUACGGAUAUCAACACACAGUUCAUCGAGCACACUAUCUACAUAAUGAAAUCCAUACUGGAUCCUAAGGCAAAUAAGGAUCCUAACAAUGAUCAGCCAUCGCCAUCGGAACAUUUGGGCGUAACAAGUAUUGAGGGCAUGAUGUUGGGCAUUGUCCGCUACGUGCGUCAUUUGGACAUGAAUGUAUACGCUAUCAGAAUCAAGACGAAACUGUGUCAACUAGUGGAGGUAAUGAUGAAGCGACGGGAUGAUUUGGCUUUCCGCCAAGAGAUGAAAUUUCGUAACAAGCUUGUUGAAUAUUUAACGGACUGGGUGAUGGGCACUUCGCAUCAAAUAGCACCACCGAGCUCAGCAGAUGCUUCCAUAUUGACCAACACUUCACUGAUCUUUCGCGAUCUCGAUCAAGCUUGCAUGGAGGCUGUGGCUGCUCUACUGCGUGGACUACCACUGCAACCUGAAGAGUCAGAUCGCGGCGACCUCAUGGACGCCAAGAGCGCAUUGUUUUUGAAAUAUUUUACGCUCUUUAUGAAUCUUCUCAGCGAUUGUAUUGAUAGCUCCGAAGCGGAAAAAGAACUCAACAACACACCACUGAUGCCACCACGACCACGCAUGGCAGCCGGCAAGCUCACAGCUCUUAGAAAUGCAACCAUACAGGCCAUGUCCAAUCUGCUCGGCGCCAACAUUGAUUCUGGCUUAAUGCACUCGAUUGACCUGGGCUAUAAUCCGGAUUUACAGACACGUGCCGCUUUCAUGGAAGUUCUCACUCAAAUUCUACAGCAGGGGACAGAGUUUGACACGUUGGCUGAGACGGUUCUGGCCGAUCGCUUCGAGCAGCUUGUCCAGCUAGUUACGAUGAUCAGUGACAAGGGUGAAUUGCCCAUUGCCAUGGCACUAGCUAAUGUGGUGACCACUGCGCAAAUGGAUGAACUGGCUCGCGUUCUCGUCACGCUUUUUGAUGCUAAACAUUUGCUUUCCCCUCUCCUGUGGAACAUGUUUUAUCGCGAAGUAGAAGUCUCGGACUGCAUGCAAACGCUCUUUCGUGGUAACUCGCUUGGUAGCAAGAUAAUGGCAUUUUGUUUCAAGAUCUAUGGGGCCAGUUAUCUACAAAUGCUGCUGGAGCCGCUCAUUCGGCCACUACUCGACGAUGAGGAGGAGACUUGCUUUGAGGUGGAUCCAGCAAGGCUAGAGCCCACCGAAGACAUUGAAGAGCAUCGCAACAAUUUGAUCGCCUUAACGCAAAAAGUAUUUGAUGCCAUUAUCAAUUCCUCGGACCGUUUUCCGCCGCAGUUGCGUUCCAUGUGCCAUUGCUUAUAUCAGGUGCUCAGCAAACGCUUCCCAAAUCUUCUACAGAACAACAUUGGUGCCGUGGGUACGGUCAUCUUUCUCCGCUUUAUCAAUCCGGCCAUAGUCUCUCCGCAAGAACUGGGAAUCGUGGGCAAACAGGUGCCCAGUUCCGCCAAGCGUGGUCUGAUGCUUAUGUCAAAAAUAUUGCAGAAUAUUGCCAAUCACGUGGAAUUCUCCAAGGAGCAGCAUAUGCUCUGCUUCAAUGACUUUCUGCGUGAUCACUUCGAGGCUGGGCGACGCUUCUUUAUUCAAAUUGCAUCCGAUUGCGAGACCGUGGAUCAAACAUCGCACAGCAUGAGCUUUAUCUCGGAUGCGAAUGUGCUGGCUCUUCAUCGAUUGCUAUGGACGCAUCAAGAGAAGAUUGGUGACUAUUUGUCAAGCAGUCGCGAUCACAAAGCCGUUGGUCGAAGACCCUUUGAUAAGAUGGCCACACUGUUGGCCUAUUUGGGUCCACCGGAGCACAAACCAGUCGACUCACACAUGAUGUUCAGUUCGUAUGCACGGUGGAGCUCAAUUGAUAUGUCUUCUACAAAUUUCGAAGAAAUUAUGGUCAAGCAUCAAAUGCACGAAAAGGAAGAGUUUAAAACGCUCAAAUCCAUGAAUAUUUUCUAUCAAGCAGGCACCAGUAAGUCAGGAUAUCCAGUGUUCUACUACAUAGCCAGGCGUUACAAGAUUGGCGAAACCAAUGGCGAUCUGUUGAUUUACCACGUUAUACUCACGUUGAAGCCCUUCUGUCACUCGCCCUUCGAAGUAGUCAUCGACUUUACACACACCUGCUCCGAUAAUCGCUUUCGAACGGAGUUUCUGCAAAAGUGGUUUUAUGUACUACCCACCGUGGCCUAUGACAAUGUGCAUGCAGUUUACAUUUACAACUGCAAUUCAUGGGUUCGCGAAUACACAAAGUUUCACGAUCGCAUCCUGGCACCGCUUAAGGGCAACCGUAAGUUGAUGUUUCUCGAGUCGCCAAACAAGCUAAGCGAUUUCAUUGAUGCCGAGCAGCAGAAGCUGCCGGGCGCCACGCUCUCACUGGAUGAGGAUCUUAAGGUGUUUAGCAAUGCUUUAAAACUAAGUCACAAAGACACCAAAGUGGCCAUCAAAGUGGGUCCCACAGCGCUGCAGAUUACAUCCGCCGAGAAGACCAAAGUAUUGGCACAUUCCGUACUGCUCAACGAUGUUUACUACGCCUCGGAAAUUGAGGAGGUUUGUCUGGUUGAUGACAACCAGUUCACCCUAUCCAUAACCAACGAGAGCGGACAGUUAAGCUUUAUUCACAACGACUGUGACAACAUUGUGCAGGCCAUAAUACACAUACGAAAUCGCUGGGAGCUUAGCCAGCCGGAUUCGGUUACAGUGCAUCAGAAGAUACGACCUAAGGAUGUGCCAGGCACUCUUCUCAACAUGGCACUGCUUAAUCUGGGCUCAUGUGAUCCCAAUUUACGUACGGCUGCCUACAAUUUGCUAUGCGCUUUAACUGCUACAUUUGACCUUAAGAUAGAGGGACAGUUGCUGGAGACGCAAGGUCUUUGCAUACCCUCUAACAACACCAUUUUCAUCAAGUCCGUCAGCGAGAAGCUUGCUACCAAUGAACCGCAUCUGACGCUUGAGUUUCUCGAGGAGUCCAUUCAAGGCUUCCAGCGCAGCACCAUUGAACUGAAGCAUUUGUGCUUGGAAUACAUGACGCCCUGGUUAAAGAAUCUAACCAAGUUCUGCAAAUCAAAUGACGAUGCGAAAAAACUGAAGGUCUCACAGAUUCUGGACAAGCUCAUUUGUCUGACUAUCGAUCAGAAGGAAAUGUAUCCCUCAGUACAGGCUAAAAUAUGGGGCUCAAUUGGUCAAAUUCCCGAGCUCAUUGACAUGGUGUUGGAUAACUUUCUCCACAAGUCGAUUACCUAUGGUCUGGGUUCGCCGCAGGUGGAGAUUAUGGCCGAUACGGCUGUGGCACUGGCUUCAGCCAAUGUCCAAUUGGUUUCGAAGAAGGUUAUUACACGUAUGUGUCGCGUCAUGGACAAGUCAUGCACCAAUCCCACACAAUACUUGGAGCAACACAUGAUGUGGGAUGAUAUUGCCAUACUCGGACGCUAUCUGCUUAUGUUAUCCUUCAAUAACUGCUUAGAUGUAGCCACAUCGGUACCUUAUCUCUUCCACACCAUCACAUUUCUGGUCUGCUCCGGCUCGCUCUCUAUGCGCGCCUCAACCCAUGGUCUGGUCAUCAAUAUUAUACACUCACUGUGCACCUGUACGAAUCCCUCGUUUGGGGAGGAAGCUCAGCGAGUCCUGCGCCUUUCACUCGACGAAUUCUCGCUGCCCAAAUUCUAUUUACUUUUUGGCAUCAGCAAGGUCAAGUCGGCGGCUGUGACGGCCUUCCGCUCUAGCUGUCGCCACCCGACAGACAAGUGGCUGGGCAAUGAGCGGGUCACUCAGCCAUUGCCAGCGGAUCGUGAACGCCUCUCACUUCCCUCGUUGGAGGUAAUCACAGACGCACUUCUUGAAAUAAUGGAGGCAUGUAUGCGCGAUGUGCCCGACUGCGAGUGGUUGCACACUUGGACUUCGCUGGCGCGCAGUUUUGCCUUCUGUUACAAUCCAGCCCUACAGCCUCGAGCUCUGAUCGUAUAUGGAUGCAUCAGCAAGAGUGUGACAGAUCACGAGGUUAAGCAGCUACUGCGUAUACUGGUUAAGGCACUGGAGUCCUUUAACGAUCUAAUUUUAAUUGAGGCUUUGGUCAUGUGCCUAACACGCAUUCAACCACUUCUGCGCCCAGAGUCUCCUAUACACCGAGCACUCUUCUGGGUGGCCAUCUCGGUGCUGCAGCUGGAUGAGAUUACACUCUACGGGGCUGGCCUGGCAUUGCUUGAGCAGAAUCUGCAUACGCUCAAGUCACAGGGUUGCUUUGACAAGAAGGAAACCAUAGCGGAGGUCAUGAUGAAGACUCGCGAGAAGCUCGAGUGGCACUUUAAGCAGCUAGAUCAUGCUGUGGGCCUGUCUUUUCGUAGCAAUUUUCACUUUGCUCUGGUGGGACAUCUUAUUAAGGGUUUCCGUCAUCCCACACCUACUACGGUGUCACGUACGUCCCGUGUACUUACCAUGCUGCUCGGUAUUAUUGCCAAGCCGCUGCAUCGUGACAAAUUUGAGGUGACGCCAGACAGUGUGGCCUAUCUAACAGCUCUCGUGGCAGUUUCCGAGGAGGUUCGCUCCCGCUGUCAUGUUAAGCAUGCGCUUCCCCGCUGGCCUGCAGAUCUCAGCAACAGUAGCAUGGACAACGGCGAGCUCCCCAAUGGCGUACAGACUAUUGGCCAACCGUUGUCGCGGCGUCAGAAGAGUUGGGACAUUCUGGAUCAAUCAGCUCUGCAGUUUGCGCGUCAUCAUAAAGUACCUACACUUCAGAAUGCGCGAGUUUUGUUCAAAACUCAACGCUCAUUUUCGGUACCAACCACCAAGGAUCCGAAUAAUGCUAGCGGCAUCGAAGAACGUCAGGAGCGCGGUUCACGUUCUUCGGUGUCAAAUGAAUCUAAUGUUUUGCUUGAUCCUGAGGUUCUGCCAGAUUUGUCAAUACAGGCACUGGUUCUAACUGUACUGGCGACCCUUGUCAAAUACUCAUCUGAUGAGGGCGAAACGCGCGUGCUUUAUCAGUAUUUGGCCGAGGGAUCCGUCGUAUUUCCCAAGGUCUUUCCAGUCAUUCAUUCAUUGUUGGAUCAAAAGAUCAAUAAUAUACUGUCAGUAUCACAUGACCAAGUUGUACUGAAUUCAGUGCAGAGUAUUAUUCAGAACAUGCUGGCAAGCGAGGAUCCAUCGCAGCAACAACUACAUUUCCUGCAAAGCUGCGGAUUUGGUGGACUUUGGCGAUUUGCUGGACCCUUCACCAAGUACAAUAUGAUGGGUGAAUCGUCGGAGCUGUUUGUCAACUGCUUGGAGGCCAUGGUGGAAACAUGUUUGCCUGGCGAUGAAUCAGCUCCAGUCCCACCCUCACCGCGUCCCUAUAAUUUAAGCUCCAGCUUAAGCAGCCUAACGCUUGGCUCACCCACUGAUAAAGCUGCAUGAAUAACAACAACAAACCCACGCACUAGACGUACCACACGAAUCGCAAAAGUUAUGCGUUUUUUUAAUCUGUUUAAAAAAUGUUUCUGAAACAAAAACCAAAACCACAAAAUGUACAAAACGAUUAAUGUAAAGAAAACAAUGCAUAUGUAUGAUUAUAUGAAUAUGUAUAUAAAGCAGAGCGCAACAGCUGGUUAAAUGCAAGAAACCCCACGAAAAUUACAAAUAGGAAAAGAUAAUAUAUAUAUACAUACAUACUAUAUUUUAUCAGAGAUACGACAAACAGGAAAACAAUUUUAAAACAAUUAUCGAUUCGAUGGAGUUUUUAUUAAUACGAGUGUAUAUUUAUGUAGUUUUAAUAAUAAGCACGUAAACCUACUCACACCAGUUCCUGAGAUGACCACGGCCAAGACUGGGCGUAACGGCACCAUUUGUUCCAGAGUUGAUUAUACGAUAACGACAAAAACAACAACAACCAGAAGCUUUAAUUCAUUUGUAUUAAAUGAGAAUCUCCCGCUCCAACAAACAAAUUUGUAAAUAAUGGCAUUUAUUUUUUUUUUUUAUUUGUAAGCUCAUCUACCAUACAAACGUUUACCUAAUUUAUUUCAUGGACAUUCUUAUAUUAUUACAAUUUUUUUUCUUAUUAAUACAAUUGUCAAACACCAAAACCACUUUACAAUUAAGCAACAAAACGAAGUCCGCUUUAAAUGCAAAUUAGCUUUAAUUGAAAAAAAAUUUAAAAAUCGCAAAUCGAAAUAGUUUAAGCGAAUCGAACGUUAUAAUUACAUUUGUACAUCUUAUUGAACUGUUUAGUAAAAUGAUAAAGCGCAACAAUUAUGUCCGUUAUCUUCCUUUCCUUAUAAGUCAAACUAGCACAAAAAUUUACUUAAUUAAUAACGAACGCAACUAAUAAAUUUUAAAUCAAACGAGUCUUUAAUGAAAACUACUUAAUAUUCGAAUAUGUAUGUAUAACAAAAGAAUUUGAGAAUUGUUACUUUCGCAUAUAAGUAUGUAUUUGUGCUUUAUAUGUAUGUGUUACUAUAUGUGUAUGUAGUUCAAAUCGAAAUUUAUGUGUUUUAUUUUACAAAACUACGGAACAAAAACUUUUGCACACAUAUGCAUCUAACCAAUGAUAUUUAUGAAAUCAAUGUUCAUGUUUCAAAUCUCUAGUAUCAAUGUACAACUUACUAUGUCAAGCUAAUUAAUUUACUCUCAAUAAAAUGUUAAAACAAAUA